CUAUGAUGCCCAGUCAAAACCUCAAAUUGUGUUGGAGCAGGGGUUACGAUAUAAUUUUUCCUGCCGUAGAUUUAGGGAUUGAGUCUCAUUUCAAAGUCUAAAACUGAUGAAAGAAUAUAACUGCCAAAGCCACAGCGCAAUGUGGAAUAAAUUAGCAUUUGCAUGUAGUUGUAACUUGUAAUUGUAAUUCAUGUGUCUUUGUUUCCAUGUUCAUAUUCUAGUUUUUAAGCUUAAUGAUUUUUGCAUCUUUACUUUCUCGGAACAAAUCUACUUUAUUCUUUAAUAUUUUGUUUCUAUUGAGUAUUCUGAAGCCUGCAGCUACAAGUGCGCCGAGGAGUGAAGAGCAGCCUCAAAGAAGCCGGAGGUCGAAGAAAAAACAUCGCUAUAAAGCAGGAACAGUGGCUCUUCGUGAAAUUCGUCACUAUCAGAAGAGUGUCACACUUCUAAUCCCUGCUGCCCCUUUUAUAAGAUGUGUGAAACAGAUUACAUUCCAAUUAUCCACACAGGUCAGUCGCUGGACACCCGAAGCCUUGCUAGCUCUUCAAGAGGCAGCUGAAGAUUAUCUGGUUCAUUUGUUUGAGGAUGGAAUGCUGUGUGCUAUUCAUGCAAAGCGUGUUACUCUUAUGAAAAAGGAUUUUGAGCUGGCUCGUAGGCUUGGGGGAAUAGGAAGGCCUUGGUGAGAAUGAAAUCCUCUGGAGCACUUGCUGCUUCGAUUGUUUCGUACGUGCUUGAUUCCAUGGGAGCCUGACAUGUUCGGCUUGCAAUUAUUAUUUGACAGAAAAUAACUUAUGUAAUAUGAAAAUUAGGAAUUAGAAAUUAGGUUGACUCAAUACUAUUAGAAUCAGUACAGUAUCUUAGUUUGCAUGUAACACCAUGUAUCAUCAAAUUCCGAUUGUGUGUAAUUGACUAAUUGUCCAUGAAUCACGAUGA